AUGGCCACGGCCUUCAGGGGGCCUGAACCCUGGGUCCCUGCAGGCCAGCUGAGCCAGAGGCUAAGGGCCGAGGAGAAGACACUGGACUUGGAGUUCGAGGUCUUGAGUGUGGGGUUUAAUGAGGAGGGCAGAUACGCCCUGCAGCUGUCAGUUGAGAACCCCCUGCAGGCCAGCUCUGGGGCUGGGGUGCAGCUGCAGGUAAAUGAUGGGGACCCCUUCCCUGCCUGCUCUGCUGUCACCGAUGUCAUUGAGCAGCAGGAUCCUGGCCAGAGCCUCACCCUCACCAGGAGCAAGUUUGUCUUCACUUUGCCCAAAGGGUUCUGCAAGAACGAUGGGCAGCAUGAUGCCCAGCUGCGGGUGGAGGCACUGAGGCUGGGCGGGGCCUCAGGAAGCCCGGCCCAGCGGGUGGGCGAGGCCAUCUUCCCCAUCUACCCACGCCCAGACCACCCACGCAUGAACAUCUCUGCGCUGGAGCAUGAGGAUCUGUACCGCUACUGUGGCAGGCUGGCUCUGCUCCGGGCCAGCGCCGACCCCACGGCCCGCCACUGCGGGGGCCUGGCCUACAGCGUGGCCUUCCACGUGCACCGGGCCCCUCAGCCUCCCUCCUCCAGCUGUUUUCUGGACACCGGCCAGCCAGAACCGACAUCACCACAGGACCCCCUGAAGACCUCUCAGAGUGUGGAAUCUGUCAUUGGCCACCUGUCUCCCUCUAAUAAGGAAACCAUCAUGGUCACUCUCCACGGGGCCACCAACCUACCUGCCUGCAAGGAUGGCUCCGAGCCAUGGCCCUAUGUGGUAGUGAAAACCACAUCUGAGGAAGCGAAGAACCAGAACUCCAAGGCAGUCACAUCUGUGACCUCAGAGCCCACCAAAGCCCCCAGCUGGGGAGACACAGUCAAAGUGGAGAUCCAAGCAGAGGACGCAGGGCGAGAAGAUGUAGUCCUCAAGGUGGUAGACAACAAAAAGAAAGAGGAGCUGUUGUCUUACCAAAUCCCCAUCAAGUACCUGCGUGUCUUCCACCCCUACCACUUUGAGCUGGUGACGCCCACCCAGUCUGGGAAAGCUGACAAAGACGCUGCCAAGACCCAAGUGUACGCAACAGUCGUUCGGAAGAGCAGCUUCAUCCCCCGCUAUGUCGGUUGCAACCACACAGCUCUGGAGGUCUUUCUGCGAGGAGUCAACGAACCCCUGGCCAACAACCCCAACCCCAUGGUGGUCAUUGCCAGGGUGGUUCCCAACUACAAGGAUUUUAAGGUCAAUCAGGUAAACCAGGACCCGACAUCCCUGGGGCUGCCCAUCACCUCACUCUCUUUCCCUAUCCCAUCCGUGAUGAACUUUGAUGUUCCUCGAGUCAGCCAGAACGGGUGCCCUCAGCUGUCCAAGCCCGGGGGUCCCCCGGAGCUGCCCAUGUGGAAUCAGUCCUUCCUCUUCCAAGGCCGAGAUGGAGCCACCACCUUCUCAGAAGACACAGCCCUUGUGCUGGAGUACUACUCCUCCACCUCAAUGAAAGGCAGUGAGCCAUGGACCCUCAGCAAGCCCCUGGGCGUCUCCGUGUUGCCGCUAAACAGCCGUUUGUACCGCAAGAUGCUGACAGGGAAAGGCCUGAAUGGGCUGCGUGUGGAGCGGCUCCCCAUCACCGACACCUCGCUGAAAACCAUGAGUGGUGAGGCCCCCACGGUGGAUCUCUCCUUCCAGCUGCUUUCCUCCGAGAGGCCUGAAAACUUCUUGACACCAAAGAACAGCAAGACUCUGCCCAUCCUGGACCCCAAGAUCUUAGAUGAGAAGCUGGGUACCAUCCGCGAGUCCUGGUCCAAGGCCACAGUGAGCUCCAUAAUGGACUCCAGCACAUCCACCUCUCAGGAAGCGGAGGAAGAGCCUGAGGUGCUCAGGAUGUCCCGGGAACCGGAGAUGAACAACUACCGGCGGGCCAUGCAGAAGAUGGCAGAGGACAUCCUGUCGCUACGGAAACAGGUCAGCACCCUGGAGGCAGAGAACCGCUUGCUGAGGAGCCACCUGACCCAGGAGGAGGUAGAAGAGGAGCAGGACAAUGCUGACAAGGCCCAGAACCUAGUGUUCAUGAAGCAGAAACUGCUGCUGAGUGAGCUGGACAUGACGAAACUGAGGGACAAGGUGCAGCGUUUGCAGAAUGAGCUGAUUCGAAAGAAUGAUCGAGAGAAGGAGCUGCUCCUCCUGUACCAGGCUCAGCAACCACAGGCUGUGCUGCUGAAGCGGUACCAGGACAAGCUGCAGAAGAUGAAGAUGCUGGAGGAGACCGUGCGGCACCAGGAAAAGGUGAUCGAGAAGAUGGAGCACGUACUGGAGGACAAGCUGCGGGAUAAGAACCAGCCCCCGCAGACCAGGCUGCAGGGAAAGCCCAACGUGGCCUUCCCCAUGCUCUCAGCCUCUGGCCUUCCCCCUGGUCCUACGGGAGAGAACCUACCUGCUGACCUUUACUCAGUGCUGCUGGCGGAAAACUCAAGGUUGCGGGCAGAGCUGGAUAAGAGCCGCCACCACUCGGCCCCCAUUAUUCUGCAACAGCAGGCUCUGCCGGAUCUCCUUGCAAGCACUUCAGACAAGUUUAACCUCCUGGCCAAGCUGGAACGAGCUCAGAGCCGGAUCCUGUCCCUGGAGAGCCAGUUAGAGGACUCAGCUCGACGCUGGGGACGAGAGAAGCAGGACUUGGCCACACGGCUGCAGGAGCAAGAGUAUGGCUUGGGACACCCCUCAAACCCCAGCAUCACAGGCCUUCCCAACCCCUCGACCCACUCUAAGGACAACAGGCGACCCUCAAAGCUGGACCCCUUGAUGCCCAGCUCAGAGACCAAGCUCAACACGCCCUCGAACUCCCGGAAGACCUGAGUACUACAACAGGCCUCUCUCUGUGUGUUGGA